CUGCUGCGCGAGGCAGACGGCUGCAAAUGGACUGCCCUUAUCCUAAGCUCAGGAUUUCAGUCUACUGGGCUGAACACAACUAGGAGGAGAAGAUGGAGGGGAAGCAUUUGGUCCGGGGUGCUGCAGUUAGUUGCUGGGGUUUACCAGUCGUGUGAACCCGGAACGUAAUACUUGGCGAGCGAGUGGGGACGAUAUCAGCCCGACACCAUUUAGACCUCGUUUCUUCCCCAAGAACCUUUGUUGCGCUGGAUUUACGAUGUGGGGAGCUCCAAGAGAUCUUGGACAGCUGCCGUAAAUUUGUAGAUUAAAUAAUUUGGAUGGAUGUACGGUGAAGAUAAUGGCAACAAGGAGAAUGAGAAUAUUGGUCGGUUUUGGAUCUAUGAAAAAAUAAGAUUAAAUUAAAAGGGCGAGCGACGAGGGAAUAAACGUAUAAUGGAUGGAUAUUGUAUCACUCGGUACUAUGCGAACAAUAUAUAACAAAUAAUAAGAAUACUUGUUAGAUAUGUCACUGACCAACAAAAGGAUAACAAAAAUGGAAGAAAAUGGCUCAAAUUUCGCUGCAGGUGUUUGACUGCGCGGAGUAGUAACGAUACAUUGUCUUCCGCUGAAAAGACUACAACAAUUCUUCGACUGUUUUUAGCUUAGGCUUUUUUUUAUAUAUUUGUUAACUGUUCUGCAUAUGCAGUAAAGCAUUAAUAACAUCGCAGACAAAGGACAUCAUCACUGCAUACAAAAAUGUCUCAGAGUUUAUUACAAGGAAAGAGAUUUUUCUGUAGGGAGUGGGUUUUCCAUAAACUCCAUCAUUGUCUUCAAGAAAAGAACAGUGGUAAACUGUUCGGGAUCUCCAAUCCUAGCGGAAAUGCUGGUGUCCCUGGGAAAAAUGCUGGAGGCAUCGGAGGUAUCCUGAUCGUUGGGGGUCCCGGCAGCGGCAAGACAGCACUGUGCACAGAGUUGGUUUGGCCCACAUGCCCGCAGUUGAUUCAGCGGGGGUUGCAUCGCCAGGCACUCGCCUAUCACUUCUGUAAGGCUCAGGAUGCAGACACACUGUGUGUCAGCAACUUCAUCCGAAGCAUCGUCUCCCAGAUUCGCAAUAGCAAUUUGGUCCAUGGAUAUGAAGAGAAACUGCGAGAACCAGCCGUUCACAGCGUGCUGCAGGCAGGCGAAUGUGAGAGAAAUCCUGGAGAAGCCUUUAAAAGGUGUGUACUCUUGCCAUUGUUGGGAAUAAAACCACCUUCACAGAAUCUGUUCAUUGUCGUAGACUCUGUCGACGAAGGCUGUAACUACGCGGAAGGAGAGCAAAGGCAAGCAGGCCUGACACGGACUAUAGCAGAGCUUUUAGCAAGUCAUCAUGAGUUCUUUCCACCAUGGUUGUUGCUUGUCUGCUCUUCCAGGAAGCAAAGUAAGAUGGUGACAAAAAUGUUCACAGGUUCUAGGAGAGCAAUGCUAAAACAAACUCCUUACAUUGUGUUCCCAUUUUUGAAUUCUAAAUCUACAAACCAGUUAGAUCCAUAG